AUGAGCGGGCACUAUCCAAGUCAUUAUCACCCACAGUCGCAGGGCGCCGGUCACCAGCCGCCGCCCCCUCGAUAUCAGAACGGCAAUGGUCACUACACGUAUCAGAACCUGCCGCCACCUCACAUGAUGAGUAUGGGGCAGCAACCAAUGGUCCACCAGAAUGUUGCCGCACCAAUGCCGCCUGCUCCUACGUAUAGCCACGAAUCACAGUAUCAUGGACCAGUAUACCCGAGCCCGCAUGGACCGCCAAUGCCACCAAAUCACAACGGGAAUGACCUAAGCCCGCAAUCUCUUCCUAAGCCGGACGACUUUGAGUACAGACUAGAACACGCCAGGGAGGCACCGCCUCCUAUGGCAAAGUUCUCCAAGAAUUACCACUUCGAGAUCAAGGUCAUCCAACAACCCGUUCGAGCACGGAUGUGUGGCUAUGGUGACAAAGACCGUCGGCCAAUAUCACCACCUCCAGUCGUUCAACUCAUCAUCUCCGCUCUUGAGAAUGGAGUACGGAGGCCGAUCGAUUAUUCAAAAAUAGAGAAUCUUCAUCGCUUCAUGUGCAGCGUUGAUCUCUACAAUGAGCAUGGUAACGAAAAUGUUGCUUUAGUCGUGGCUCAAACAGCGGGUUGCAUGGACAGAAUUUCCGCAUCCCAGGCAAUACCGCACCGACAUACCAUUGAUCCUCCAUCAAGGCAGGGCUCCCUGCCUCAACCCAACGGAUAUGGCGCGAACGCCAGCCACGGUUCGCCGCAGAGCUACGUACAGAGCCCUCAGAGUUACAGUCAAAGACAGGAUCCUCACAGUUGGGGAGUGCCUUUGCAAGGCCCAUCAGACUCGGCCCCUUCGCAGACAAAUCGCGCACUGCUCGGUGCGACCCAUGGAACAGCAAAUAGACUACGAGACAACAAUCAGCAACAAGGCAUCUUCUUCAUAUACCCGGACCUCAGCGUCCGAUCUGAGGGCGUUUUCCGGCUCAAGUUCAGAAUGUACGAUAUCAACCACUCGCAAGGUCUGUUCGAGCCAGUAUCAAGCGCGGAUAAGGAUGCGCCUUGCCUGGCCGCGGCUUUCAGCGAGCCUUUCACUGUGCACAGCGCGAAGAAAUUUCCUGGAGUGUGUGAGUCGACGGACCUCAGUAAGGCGUUCGCAACUCAAGGCAUCAAAAUUCCUAUCAGGAAAGAUGAUGGGGCUGGCAAACGGAAGCGCAAUGGGGAUGACUGGGAAGGCUCUGACGACGGGGAUUAG